AUGUCCGUCUCGUUGCUCAACGCUUGUUCGCCCGAGACAUUCAGCACCCUUUCGGUUUUCGGGGCCGAAAUCUUGUCCAUCAAUGCCGCUCUUGUGACGAACUACAGUGCCUCCGUUCCUGACGCCUAUCGAUUCACCCAGCCGACAACAGAGCUUCACAAUGCGACCUUCUGCAAUAUCACCGUGUCCUACACCCAUCCUGGACAGGAUGACAACGUCAACGUCGAAGCGUGGCUCCCCAUCAACAACUUUAACGGGCGACUCCAGGCCGUCGGUGGCGGUGGAUGGGUGGCCGGCGGCUUCUUCCUCUCGUACGGCGCAAUGAACGGCGCUCUCGCUGACGGAUACGCCACCAUUACCACUAACGCAGGGCUCCCAGAGUCUCCAGAUUCCUGGGCCUUGCUUUCUCCCGGAAAUGUCAACCUGCAUCUUCUGCAGAAUCUGGGGUCGGUGUCGUUGAACGACCAAGCAACCAUUGGCAAAUUACUCGUCAAGAGCUUUUACGGCAAAGGCCCAGAGUACUCCUACUUUAACGGGUGCUCACAAGGUGGCCGUCAAGCCCUCAUGUUGGCACAGCGUUAUCCGACAGCCUACGACGGAAUCGCAGCUGGCGCGCCCGCGUCUCCGUGGACUGAGCUUUUCCCCUACAUGUUGUGGGCUCAACAGUUCAUGAACAUGUUGGGCGCCUAUCCGUACGGGUGCGAGCUGGACGCGAUUACCGCCGCCGCUGUGUCUGCCUGCGAUGGGCUAGACGGUGUUGUCGACGGCGUGGUUGGUGACACCGACGCUUGCCUGGCCCAUUUCGAUCCCUUGGGUCUCGUCGGGACCGUCAUCAACUGCACCGAGGCCGGCGGUGAGGUUCAAAUCAGCCCCGGCGCCGCUGCUGUGGCGAACGCAACGUGGCACGGGACGGUGACGGCAGACGGGAAGCAGACGUCGUACGGUAUCACCCCUGGUUCCGACCUUACGGGGAGGAGCUCAAACGGACAAGCUGCGCUUGCGGUGACAAACUGCACCACGGGGAGCUGUGUUGGCGCUCCAGUCGAUAUGGGCGUGCACUGGAUCAAGCUAUUCGUCGCGAGAGAUCCGGAAUUCGACAUUUCCAACCUCACGCAUGCCGAGUUUGACCGUUUGGCGCACCUCGGUCGGCAGAUGUACGGAUCCCUGAUAGACGCCAACGACGCCGAUCUUGCCGCAUUCCGCGACGCUGGAGGAAAAAUGGUUAGCUUCCAUGGACUUGCCGACAAUAUCAUCCCGCCGAAAAACACCGAGAAGUAUUACAAUGAGGUAGCGUCCAUCCAUCCUGACAUUGACAACUUUUACCGGCACUACAACGCUCCGGGCCUGGGCCACUGCUGGGGUGGCGUGAGCGGGCCGCCAACCAACCUCUUUGCGCAGCUGCGCGCGUGGGUAGAGAACGGCACAGCGCCGGGCCCAACACCGGUCAACAUCACCGACCUGGAAGGAAGCCUGCAGCCCCGCAUCCUAUGCCCGUAUCCCCGAGAGGCAAAAUUAGACGUGGAGUGUGGAAACAGCAGCGUGGCGGAGUGCUGGUCCUGCACUGCAAAGGCCAAGGCUUGCUAACACGGACUGGUCUACGGAGGCCCGAGAGAAACAAGGGGUGGCGAAGCAAAGCAACGGCAGGCAAAUGUCACCGAGGAAUAGAGAAUGAUGCAAAGAUACUCCAAGAAACAAUUCAGAUCACUCAGCC